UCUUUCCAAGCCACCAUGGCCUCCAAGCUGAGUUUCAAGAGGGCAGACAGCAUCGCCGAAAGCAUGCCCGAUGCGCUGAGGCAGAGCCGGUACCAGAUGAAGAAAUGCUUCCAUAGGUAUGUUUCCAAGGGAAGGAGGCUCUUGAAGAACCAGCAGCUCAUAGAGGAGCUGGACAAAUCACUGGAUGACAAAGUCGAGAGGGAAAAGCUUGUUGAAGGCUUCCUGGGUUACAUUAUUUGUUCCACGCAGGAAGCAGUGGUGCUACCGUCCUAUGUCGCAUUUGCUGUCAGGAUGAAUCCUGGCAUCUGGGAGUAUGUCAAAGUUCAUUCUGAUGACCUGUCGGUCGAAGGAAUCACACCCUCUGAGUACCUCAAGUUCAAGGAGACAUUAUAUGACGAGAACUGGAGCAUCAUGGUCUCAUAUUUGGAGAGAUUUGCUUUCAUAUUUGAGUAG